UACUCGAUGGCCAUGCUAGAGUGGAUCUUAUUGUCUGUAAUUAUUUCUGGACCACCACCACUCUUUCAAAUAUUCUUGGGAUUAGAUGGCCAAUGGUUUAUCCUUACAAUACAUUUUCCCAACUCUAACUGUCUAAGUCCAGUCAAGAAAGUUAAAACUUAAAAGUAGAAAAAAGAAGCAAAAACAAUACAAAACAACUUGCUUCCCAAUCACCGCCCACUACAACAAUGGUGCCCAGCUCAUCUCAUCUCAUCUUCUUGUACUUCUUCAUCCUCAUCUCCGCCACUGCAACCAUCGCCACUGACCAUAUUGUUGGUGCUAACAAAGGCUGGAAUCCUGGCAUCAACUACACUCUUUGGGCCAACAACCAGACCUUCUAUGUUGGUGACCUAAUAUCUUUUAGGUAUCAAAAGAGCCAGUACAAUGUGUUUGAAGUGAACCAGACUGGAUAUGACAACUGCACAACAGAAGGAGCGGUAGGAAAUUGGAGUAAAGGUAAAGAUUUUAUACCUCUCAAUAAGGCCAAGAGGUACUACUUCAUCUGUGGUAAUGGGCAGUGCUUUAAUGGUAUGAAGGUUUCUGUUCUUGUUCACCCAUUGCCUUCACCACCAUCUUCUAGUGUUUCUGCUAACAAGACUUCUACAGAUUCUGCUGCUCCUGUGGCUCUGCGUAAAGGGUUGGUAAGAUUUAGGGCUUUGGUUCUGGCAUUUGCUUCUAUUUGGUUCGGAUCUGGUUGGAUCUAGUACUGGUAGUGGUUUAACUUUGUUUGUUGAGUGACCUAAUGAGCUUUAUCAUUCUAGCUCAAAUAUCUGAUCUUUCAUUUCAUUUUUUUUUUCAUAAUUUUUGGUUUUAUUUAUUCCCUUCUGUAUUAAAAUUAGAUAUUAUUUGGAGUUAAUUGUUUGGAUUGGCUGAAAUGCCUCUCGUUUUCCAUUCCUUUCCUAAUUGGACCUUUCUAUUUUUGAGCAACCCUUGCUAGUUCAGCUCUUGGCAAUGAAAAAGAUUUCUCAUGUACACAAAAAUUAUACAUAUUUGUUUUUUAACAUAAUAAUAGGAAAUUACUUUGAGGAUUCUAUUAUGAAAUGAAAGUAACUUCUCACAAAAUCUUCCACCGGUUCACCUGAUUUGAUCUCAUGCUUAAUGUCACCGAACUGUAACAAAACUAGCCCAUACAAUGUGUAUGGACAUGCCCAUGCAUACCAUCUCCACCGGAUAGGAAUUCUCUGUUACAGAUAAAGCAGAGGAAGGAAAGAAGAGGUAUAGAAGUUCAAUCAAGACCUGCAACCAAAAAGAAAUUGUCUUUGUUUAUAGAUUUUCAUUUUUGUAAUGUUGAAAAUUGUCUUUGUUAAUGUUAUCUGUGCAAAGGCGUAGGCAAAGGGGAAUACAUUUCUGCAGCUCUCUCUCUCUCUCUAUAGAAAACAGUUCUUUCGACAGCAACUGCUGGCUGUACGGAUGAAGCAUUUUGGCCCCAAGGAAAAUAAUUUUGCAGCAUAGAUUGAUCUCAUUGCAUUGAAAAGAUCUUGUUGUUUCUUCCUGUAAUUUAAGACAGGAUUGUUUAAAAGGCGAUACUGGAAUAUUAUUAAUAGUUGAGCGCUUGCGCUGCUCGGUGGACAGGCCACUUACACUGGGCAAUCCAACUAAUGCUUGCCCCAGUAGCGCCAAUUCCACGAGCUGCAUGACUUCCUCAACGAACAUCUGCAAGAAAAUAUGAAUAGAGUUAUAUAUGAGCAUGGCCAAGAAAUUCCACUCAGACAAUUUUUAAAUUGUCAAUUUUGUGAGUAGGAAUUUUCUUUUUAAGAGAAAAGAAGCCCGAAGGGCGGAUUUUCAGUGCAGUUGCCUACCUUUCUGGUUUCAUUGUUCACUUCAGGAGACUGGCGAAGCCAAGCUGAGUAGAGCAGAGAUUCAUAGACAGUAACAUGUGGAGAAUGCAUGUCAUUUUGAUCACAAUAUCCUGAAAUUCUAGCAAAAGUUUCUUGUUUCUUUGGGUAACCAGAGAUUGUUAUGUUUCCUUCUAUAUAUCUGCCAGUUUUUCUACCAGCCA